AUGCUCGUUACGGACGACGAAGAGCUGCAGUUAGCCCCGGACGCGAUGCAGGCGCUGGCCGAGUUCAUGCGCGAGAAGGAUGAGCAGGACCGGCGGUUCGAGGAGCUGCGGCUGCAGGCCGAGCGCGACCACGAGGACCGCAUAGUCACCAUGGCGGAUUUUCAGGAGGACUGGAAUCAGAGUCAGUUUUGGUACGACGAUGAAACCGCUACGAUCCUGGCGGAGUCGCUUCUCGAGGGCGCCACGGAGGAUACGGCUAUCGCCUUGGUCUCGGCCCCGACCGUCUAUGUCAAGUUGAGGGAGUGGAAGACGACAGGCAGGAUACCGAGGAACAUGACUAUCAAACUGCUCGAAUAUGAUGUCAGGUUUGACGUCUUCAAGGAGGACUUCGUCUAUUAUGACUUCGAGUACCCGCUGCGAGGACUCCCGAAGGAUCUCCGGGGAAAGUUCGACAGGGUCAUGGUUGACCCGCCGUUCUUAAGCGACGAUUGCCAAACGAAAACGGCGUUAACGGUGCGGUGGUUAACCAAACCCUGGACACCACCUCCGUCUAUCCCCGACAAAGACUCCCUCCGCAUCAUGAUGUGCACCGGCGAGAGGAUGUGCGAUCUUCUGGCGAAGCUGUACCGUCAAGCGGGCGUCAAGCCGACGGAUCUAGAUGUCCGUCAUCGUAAGGGCCUCAGCAACGUGUUCUGGUGCUACAGCAAUCUACCUAGCGCGCACUUUAAGCUCCUCGAGGAGGAAGCUUGA